GCCAGGCCAGGGCCGGCUCCGGCUCCGGCUCCGGCUCCAUCUCCAUCUUGGGCCGUGGCGCCGGGCACCUGUGGCGGCCGCAGGAGCAGCGUUUCCGCCGGCCUGCGCGGCCCCGGCGGGCGAGAGGGCAGCCAUGAGCACCAGCCGCCCUGAGCCGGGUGCCCAGGCACCCCGGAGCCCCCGCCCACAGCCCCUGUCCCGGAGCUCUUCCAGCCUGCUGGGUGAAGGCCGAGGCCAGAGGCCAGAGCUCCGUAAGAGUGCCAGCAGCACAGUGUGGCAGGCCCAGUCGGGUGAGGCCCGCGCCGAUCCCUGUGUCCUGGAGGAAGAGGGGCACCAGGCUGAGAGCACGGAGCAGGCACAGGCCUCCAGCCCCCGGCCACAGCUCACUGCCGGGGGCCACUGGCAGAGCAGCACUGUGGGCAACGUGUCUACUGUGGACAGUGGUGACCUGUGUCGCCUGCAGGCCCCCAGCACUGCCACCGUGCAGAGGAGCCACUCAGACCUGGUCCGUAGCACCGUGACCCGGGGCCACAGAGGUGCUCGAAAGGCCAGCCUCAGCUGCUCGGCCCUGGGCAGCUUGCCUGUCCACAGGGUUCGGCUGCAGCCUGGCAGUACUUCUGGCCAGGGAGGCCAGGCCCCUGCAGGCCUGGAAAGGGAUCUGGCUCCAGAAGGUGGGACUUCGAACUCAGCCUGGACACUGGGAGAGAGUCAGGUGUGGGUGCCGCCACUGGACCUGGGAGGUGCAACCACCCAUAGCAGCCCCAAGACUGGUCCCAAAGCCACUGGGCAGUUGGCCACUACCUCCUGCCGUGCUCUGCCCCCAGCAGCUCUGCUCUGCGGCAUGAGGGAGGUGGGGGCCAGUGGCUGCGGCCAUGCCCUGCCUGCCCCAGGGAUCCUGGCCUUUCCCAAAUUAGUGGCAUCAGUGAGUGAGUCUGGGCUGCAGGCUCAGCCUGGGGUGAAGUUCCAGUGUAGGUUGCCCGGGGGACUUACUGGGCAUUCCCACUGCUGUGCCCGCCCUUGGCGGCCCACCGGGUUAGCUGCAGAGCCUGGUGCCAUGACCAAGGAUGUGUGGACCAUGACCUCAGCCAGUGACUUGGCUCCCGUGUUGGCAUCCCCUCUGUCAGCCCAGGACGCUGGUGUGCAGGCAGCCCCCAUGGCAGUCUGCAAGGCUGUGGCCACCAGCCCACCCCUGGAAGCCCCUGUGGCCCUGCACACAUUCCCGGAGGUAACUCUGGGGUCCAGCCUGGAGGAAGUGCCGUCCCCUGUGCGGGAUGUGCGAUGGGACGCUGAGGGCAUGACCUGGGAGGUGUAUGGAGCGGCGGUGGACCCCGAGGUGCUGGGCGUGGCCAUCCAGAAGCACCUGGAGAUGCAGUUUGAGCAGCUGCAGCGGGCGCCCGCCAGCGAGGACAGCCUGUCUGUGGAGGGCCGCAGGGGACCGCUGCGAGCUGUCAUGCAGUCCCUGCGGCGCCCCAGCUGCUGCGGCUGCUCCAGCGCAGCCCCCGAGUGAGGAGCUGCGGCCCUCGGAGCUGUCCUGGGCCCGUGGACUCAGCCCCAGGCCAGGGCCAGGGACCGGG